GCUCGCAGCCUGCUGCCUGCACACUUGAGACAUGUCCUCUGCAUCACCGAACGCCGGUGGCCAAGCCAAGAGGCCUACAACAAAGAAGGUCGGUGCCGAAAAAACAUGCAAGCACCAACAGGACAUCCGACAGCCGUAGCCUACUCGGCGAUCACACAGCUGCCAGCAGAUAGAUGCGCCCAGACGGGGGUAAGACUUCACGAGGGAGCGUGGUGAGGCAAGUUCCACUGCGACAGCAGAGCGGAGGGGCGGUUUCGAGGCCGGGAUGUGCAGCCUAGAAAGGUGCUGCUGCUGGCUUGGGAGGAAGAGCAGGAGCAGUUGGGCGUCACACGACGCCAACACCAGCAGCGGCAGCGCGCUGUGGGAUAUGGGUUGUCGCUUGGCCUCCCUUGAAAUCUUCCGAGCGCAGAGGAGGGUGAGCAGAACCAGCGCCGGAGUGUUGAUGGUGGACGCUAUAUGGCGCUCUCUUGUGAUGGCAGCAGAACAACAACGGCUGCCAUCCACGGGAAGACCUCACGGUUGCGCAGGGCGCCCGCCCAGGUGGAACGGAGGGGGCAACGCACGACGGUCGAUGUGGUCAAGUGCACGCAUGGGGCUUUAGCGUGAGCUGCCGGGCGGGAAUCACAGGAGUGUAUCACUAGCGGCAAAACCGAUGGCUCUAUGAUACUUAGAACACAGCGGCGAGAAUUGGCGAAGGGGCGAAGGGGUGGGGACUGUUCCAGGCUGGAAUGCUGCUGGGGAUAUGAUGGGCAAGCGGGCGGUAGCAAACUCUGGAGGGGCGCGCGUGGCGUGCGUAUUGUAGCGGUUUUGGCGGCGGUGCGGGGGGUGGGACCGGGAUCACGGAGAAGCUGCGGCUAGUUUAUGCACGUAGCAUUUUGUGGGCGGCAGAUGGUUUAUGGCGUCAGCCGGGGAUGGUGGUACCGGUUUCAGCUUGCAGCACUUUGCGACUGGACGUUGGGUGCAUACUGCGCUAUAUAUGUAGCGGCCGCCUUCAAGCCGUAGCAAAUUCCAGGUCUGCCCGACCUCUCGAGGAAACCCUCACCAUUGCCGUGCCUAUGCUGCAGGCCAAACUCGACCGAGCGGCAAAGUGUUAUGCAAGACACGGCAAACUUUCAAUAGUUUUGGACGCGCAACGGACUCUCCAGCUCAGAGAGUAUUUGGGGGGUUCAACAGCUUUGCUUGAGUUUUGUUUCUCACGCCGUCUGUCGAGUUCAACCUGCGCUCUCGAUAUUUUUUGCUUCUUGGUGUGAUGUGGGCAACACACACACGUUAUUCGGGGUUGCACGAACAACUGAGAGAACACAGAGGGAACGGGCCCGUGUAUGUAGUAGUUUUGUUUUUUGCACCUACCUCAGAGUCUGGAGGCGAACAAUGGGCUGUUUUCAAGCCUGUUGGUUUAUUGUUGGAGUUGAGUCGCUCCAUUCACACACACACACGUGGUGGGACUACAUAAGCAACAAGUGCUGGCGCAAAAGAGGCUGAUGAUCGUAGUUUCACGUUGCCGGUCCAGAGUAAGAUCCAACACCAUUUUCUUCGCAACUGCCGUCGACAGCAGCACACAAUUCAUCAACUCGAAAUAAUUCCUUGGUGCAGUCGAGUCAUGCUCCGAACACUCAGAGAGAGCUCUCAGCAAGACCUAUCGAAUGGUGCAACAUUGUAAACCACCAUCGCCCUUGUAAAGAUACACGAUAGUCAAAAACAUUGUAGAGGUGCGGAGUAGGCUCAAAUUAAAAAGUUAUUUCAGCUACAGGAACGGCUGUGGCUGUUGGUCUUGUGAUGAUCGCAACCCGACACACGACUAGGGCGUCGUUUCUAAAAGAUGUUAUUUCAUCAUAUCAUUUGCCUUUGACAAUUUGUAGAAUCACACUUGACACACGACGACGAAUAACCAUAUGGACAUGCACACUACUCUCAAAUAUGCUCUUCUCGAAAUCUGCUCCUCAAAAACCAUGUCUUUUACACAUGACAUGACAAUAACUCCGUACAUACACCAACCUUUUUAGAAAUAGCUUUGUCCAGACUCUAAGGCGAGUCCGUCCAAUUUGUUCUUUGAGGUGAAGCCCUAAGUCAUUACUAACAUAGUCGCAUUAUCUGAGAAGAAGUGCGUCCGUGGCAAGAGAAACAAUAAUAAACCCCCACCAACAGCGCAAACUCUAACAUUUACACAUUAUUUUUCUAAUUGUCACAGAAUCGAGCACGCCAGAUCCGCUAGCCACAAAGUCCAAACAAUCCACUCGGCGAACUACGCCCUGCUACAUCCCCUGCUGUCUCCUUCGUCUCCAUCUUCAGCGACUCCGGAGGCUCCCGUAGCUCCUCCAUCUUGGCCUCCGUCUUAACAUCAGUCUUGACCUUGACCGCGAUCGCGCCGUCUCCGCUCUCGUCGUCGUCGUCAUCGGCGCGGCAAGAGGUAGCGGAUGGGCGCCCCUCUCUUGUAGUUACGUUAACCUCGACAUUUGGGGUCAAGAGAGAAAAAACGCAAACGUACAAGCCCGGAAAAAAGUUGUGCAAGUUGUUGGCGGAUCUCGAAUUGAUUUUAGAAGAGGGUGUGAAUCCGGAAACGGCAACUGCUCCGGUGCAGCAGCAUUUGAAUCACGCAACCACGUUGAACUUGCUUGGAUCAUACGGAGCCGAUGUCGCUCAAUUUGCAUGGAAUGGAUCAGUAAGCGAAUACGUGUGUGGGUCAGAUGAUGUCCGAAUCUCGAGCAUGAAGGUAAAAGUUGACCGAUUGGGAGCUCAGUUGCUGGCAUGCGGGCAGUCCCUCGAAUUGUGCGAGUCUGAAACGGCCACUACGCGGUCUGAACUGCAUUAUUCCCUCGAUUUGACACGGGUGCGCGGAGAAUGAAUGCAGGGGUAAUACCGUACUAUCGAUGGCCUAGACAAGACCGACCUGGAACAGACUAUAAGUUUGUUGAGGGUUACUGUAGACGAACGCCUUUUGACUACAAACAGCUUGAGGGCCGAGGUAGAACAACUGAGAGAAGAGAUUCGCAUUCUGAGAGGAGUUGCACCUUCGGCAAACAAUAAUAGGGACAGUCCCGAGCAGGAAGAAACACAACGUGCCGAAAGCAAAGUCGACGAUGGGGAUCUUGACACCCGCUUUGUCGGCCCCUUGAAACUGUUUGAACGCGAAACUAGCGACGCCCGCCGCAAAAACAAACGUUGACACGAGAAAAACAUUCAAUGUGACCCACGUGAGGGUGCUAGUCUUGUGUUUAAAUCUUCAAACGACGGCGCGAACCUUGGGGAUUCAUCGGAUAGAUGGGGGGGGGAGGAGAUUUUUGGAGAAUGUUGUUCGGGUCACACACACGAAAAAUGAAGCGACUCAGAUAUGCCCAAAAAAUACACAGAUGUGCGCAUGGAAGCCGCCUACUCCCCAGGGUGUGCAGGUGUCUCUCAACUUUGCCUCUUCCGGUGACAGCUAGUGCCUUCUCCGCCACGCCACACAACCGCCCCAAAAGCAAACGCGCAAUCGCAAAAACAGACACGCCGCAUGCACGAACCUCGUGCUCCUGCUCCAGCUGCUGGCGCUCCCGUCGGCUCCUCCUGCUCCAGCUGCUGCUAUCGCUGCUCUGACGAUCUCACGCGCCUGUUCAGUUACGUGGGGGGGGUGGUUCAGAUUUUUUUACAUGCUGGGUACCCCAGGGUGUUGCUUCUGCCGCUGCUGCUUAGCCCUGCUCUGGAAAGCUUGCUACGGGUGCUAUCGCUGAAGGGUGGUACUGCUUCUGCGCCCUCGGGGCGACGCGCCCUGCUGUGACACGAGGCGCGAGCGCAAAACAUGGGGCGGGUUCAGGAAAAAACAUCAUUGCGGUUCGGGUUCGAGGUUGAACUCACGCGACGUUUUUGUUGCCAUGGUGUAACAACCGCAAUCAAGGAAAUGACCUGCAGGGGUACGGCCAAAUGCUACCAGACAAUAGACAAGAGAAAUGUCUUGCUCCCAACUCCUGGGUUAUUUUUCUUCGCACCCACAAACGCCAGCUUCUCUGCACUACGUCAAGUUAAAAACGAACGUCGUGAAACGCUCGUCCCGAUCGCGGGCAA